AUGACCAAAACUUUGCGCGUGACUCUUCAGAACGAAAACGAUUUAACACCAGAGUUCAUAGACUUCCCUUAUUUCGUCGACGUCCAGGAGGACUGGAACAUUAACGACAUCAUCUUGACGUUUAGCGUGCGUGACGGUGACGGCGACUCUAUAACCGCAAGUCUGGUCGACGGAGAAAUGUCACUGUUCUCUGUCACUGGCACGGAUGUCAUACUGGCGCAAAAGUUGGAUUAUGAAACUUCAACAAGUCACCCAGUAGUCAUCAGCAUUUCUGAUGGCCUCCAUGCUGCGAACCAGACACUGGUUGUCAGAGUUACUGACAUCGUAGACGAGACCCCCAACGUUGUGACCUUCACGCCCGUGUACGUGAUCGAAGAACUUCCGGUAGGGACGGCAGUCGAUGGCCUUUAUCACAUGACCGACCUUGACAGAGACGAUUCAUGGACCUUCACCUUGCAGGGAAGUGACAGCUCCUACUUCAGCAUCAACGCAACAUCCGGGUCAGUAAAACUCGCUCAGAGAAUUGACCUUGAGGCUCUGGCAGGUGACAAUGUCCUUGACCAAUUAACGAUGACCGUGACUGACCAGGCGGGCCUCCAGGCAACGGUUUCGCUCAGUGUGGAAAUACAGGAUAUUAACGAUGCUUAUCCUACCUUUGCGGAGUCCGUGUACAAAGUCAACAUUUCCGAAAGUUCAUCCACAGAGAUUUUGGUGGAUCUUGUCGCUACUGACGCCGACUCGGGCACAAACGGUGCUGUCACUAUGCAGAUCACCGACGGCGACGACCCCGGAGCAAGCAAGUUCCAGCUGAGUGGCACGCAGUUAUCUGCCCUUGGUGCCGACCUUGACUACGAGUCUCUGAAGGACACCCAGUAUAUGUACAUCCUGACUGUUUCAGCAACUGACUCCCCCGCGGGCGAGGCCCCCAAAACAGGCGUUACACUAGUCGUUGUGUCGAUAUUGCCAGUGAACGAGCAUGCUCCAGUGUGGUCAGCGGCCCUGUCUGUAUCCGGCGCUGUCCUCCCUGACCUCAACAUGCUGGAGAACGUCACAGUGGGAUCAGGUCUCCUCACGCUGCAGGCGACUGACGCCGACCACGGAGUCGACGGAGACAUCACCUACACCAUCACAUCUGCGGUCACAAGUACCGGGGAACCUGCAGUUGACCUGUUCGCUCUCAACUCAGUCAGCGGAACGCUCCGCACUGCCGGCUACCUGGACCGUGACGUCACUACGGGAGAGAUGUACUUCCACCUGACCCUCACAGCCAGAGACGGGGGCGACCCCUACAAGGAGACGUCAGCAACGCUCAAGAUCAUCCUCGACAACGUCAACGACAACGCCCCAGUGUUCACGUCAGCGGACUAUAAAAUUGACGUUGCAGAAACAACGAUAGUGGGAACGGUGAUACACACGUUCGACGCCGCCACCGACGUUGAUGGUGACGCCAUCACCUACACUGUCGUUGGGGGUCACGGCGACGUGUUUGGCAUCACGGGCGUGACUGUAGAAACGUUGGUUCUGCUGGAUUAUGAACAGGAGAGAUGCUAUUCCAUGGUCAUAAAGGCGUCGGACGGGACCCAUGACGUCAACGUUACCAUGACGAUAAACGUCACGGAUGUCAUUGACGAAGUUCCUGUUAUAACUGUCCACAAUCCUCUCACUAUAUCAGAAGAGCUUUCCAUAGGAAACAAGCUCAGCUGGGCGUAUGAUGUCACAGAUGGCGACAAUGGCGACACCUUCACCUAUACACUUACUGGACCUGACGCUGGGUACUUCAGUCUUGAUUCCACCACUGGACAACUGAGCACGGCUCAACGACUGGACAGAGAGGUCACGGCUGUCCUGGGGACACUGACCCUCCGCGUGGAAGACUCGGCAGGACUUGUUGAUAACGCCGACCUGGACUUCACCAUCACCGACAUCAACGACAACGCUCCGACGUUUGCCCAAGAUGUUCACACAGUUUAUGUUGCAGAAGGGGGAACAGUAGGAGUUGACUUGGUGAAUUUUGUGGUCAUCGACCUCGACGAGGGAGACAACGCCGCCUUUGACGUAACUGUAACUUCCGGUAACGAUGGUGGCGAGUUCCGGUUGGAUGGCCUCGUUCUGAAAUGCGACAGCUCGAUGAUGGACUACGAGACCGCUUCAGUGAACAACUACACCUACAUCUUGUCUGUACAGGCUGUGGAUAAGCCCACCGAUGGCGGUAGUUGGACUGGGUCGACCGUCGUCGUAGUUCAUGUAACUUCAACUCACAUCCAAACUUUGAUCAAAAUUAAACAUAGUGUGUUCCACCAACUCCCUCACGACCUAAUGCGUAUUUAA